CUCCUAUGGAUCUGAAGAUGAGAUUCUCUAUGUGUUUGCUGUUUCUAUAUGGCACUUUUGUUCUUAAAAUGUGUAUUGUGCUUGCAAACCAUGGAAAAACACCAAACUGUUCAAAACACCAACUUGUGGGUGGAGCUAUAGGUGGUGUGCUUGAACUAAAUUCUCGUAUUGGGAGAGAACAGACGAUAGCCAUGGAGAUGGCUGUUCAUGAUUUUUGCAGGACUACUAAUGAUACCUGUUCUUGCCCGGUUUUGCGCGUCAAGGAUUCUCAGGGUAGCUCGGCUCACUCAUAUUAUAAAGGUAGAGAAGAACAACAAGUUAAAGCAAUUAUUGGAACAAUAGGUUCUCAAGAAGCCACUUUAGUUUCUGACUUUGAUGAAGCCACCAAGAACAUCCCAAUCAUAUCUCUAACCCCAACAGCUACAUUUUCAUUUCCAGAAUCAGCAACAAUGUCAUCUUUUGUUCAAAUUAGCCACGAUGUCAAAAUCCAUAUGCAAUGCAUUGCCGCCAUAGUUGGCCACUUCAGUUGGCGAAAGGUGACACCAAUUUAUGAAGAUCAAAGUACAUUUAGCGCUAGUCCUGGUCUCUUAACACUACUCUCUGAUGCACUCCAAGUGGUCGAUUCAACCAUCGAACGGCCGCUAGUAUUUCCUCCUUUGCAUUCCCUGCCAAACCCAAGUAGCUACAUUAUAAAAGAGUUAAAAAAGCUCAGGAUGAAGGAAAAUAGGAUAUUUAUACUUUUAAAAUCAUCUCCAAGAUCAUGUAUCCUACUUUUUAAGAAAGCAAAGCAGUUGGGUAUGAUGGAAAAGGGCUAUGUAUGGAUCAUUUCAGAUGAUAUAUCAAGCCUUCUUGAUUCAGUUGACCAAUCUGUUAUAUUAAACAUGCAGGGUGUUGUUGGAUUCAAAACCCACUUUGCAGAGACCGGUAAGCAUUUUACAAACUUCAAAGUUCAGUUUCGGAAAAGAUUUAGAAACAAAUAUCCUAAUGAAGAAUAUCUGAAUCCUAGUAUCAACGCCCUGCGCGCUUAUGAUGCAACUUCAGUUGUUGUCAAGGCUAUUCAAGUUUCAAACGGGUCAAGUUCAUCAAUGAACUUGUCACAUAGCAUCAUACACACUAAACUCAAUGGCGUAAGCGGGGACAUAAGCUUCAAAGAUGGAAAACUAGCUCAACUUCCAACAUUUUGCAUUAUCAAUGUAAUUGGCAGAAGCUAUAGAGAGAUUGAAUUUUGGUCACCAGCAUUUGGUUUCUUAAAUGAUAAACUUGGAACUGGAGAGGCAAGCCUCAAUUUGAUUUAUUGGCCCGGUGGUACCCAAAGAAUUCCUAUGGGUCGCGUACUGAGAAAUGAAGAGAAACCACUAAAGAUUGGCGUGCCAGCAAGAGGUGCUUUCAGGCAAUUUGUUAAUGUUAGUUAUGAUCCAGACAAGAAUGAAACCUACGUGACUGGAUUUUCGAUACAAGUAUUUGAAGCUGCCGUGAAGAAGCUUAAUUAUUCAUUGUCUUAUGUCUUUAUUCCCUAUAACGGCACGUAUGAUGACCUGGUCGCUGAAGUUCAUAACAAGACCUUAGAUGCAGCUGUUGGUGAUACCGAAAUAAUGGCAGAUCGGUACGAGUAUGCUGAGUUUUCACAACCUUACUUGGACUCCGGACUAGUCAUAGUGGUGCCCAUGAAACCAAAUAUCAUGAAGGAAAGGUUUAUCUUCUUUUAUGCCUUCACAAGAAAAUUGUGGAUUAUAUUAUUGGCAAUGACGAUAGGCACAGUUUCAGUUGUCUGGUUUAAUGAACACACUCAUGGGAACAGCGAAUUUGUUGCCACUUCUGUCUUUGAGUAUGCUAGCAAGAUGCUAUGGUUUGCAGUUGCAGUUUUGUCAUUUGCUCACAGAGAAUUGAUCACGAACAAUUUAUCUCGGUUGGUUCUUGCUACAUGGUUUUGUGUAAACGUGAUUGUUGCUGCCUGUUUUACUGCUACACUCUCUUCAAUUAUUACAAUUUCAAAGUUACAACCGGCGUUAGAUCUUCAGAGAAGUCAUGUUGGCUGCAAUCGGAAUUCUUUCAUCGUUCCUUACUUGGUGAACGUCUUGAAUAUCAAGGCGGAGAAGAUUAGGCAGAUUAAUUCAAUCGAUGACUAUGAUGGUGCAUUUAAGAGGGGAGAAAUAGCAGCAGCCUUCUUUGUAGCUCCACAUGCAAAUGUCUUUCUUGCAAAGUAUUGUCAUGGCUAUGAAAAGAUUGGACAUACCUACAAACUUGGCGGUUUUGGUUUUAUGUUUCGGAAGGGUUCACCAUUGGUGGAGGAUAUUUCCAAGGCUGUUCUGAAGGUAACACAGAGUGGAGAGGUAGAUACUUUACAAGAAAAUAUGCUCAGAUCAUUUUCUAAUUGUUCUGGAUCAGCUGAAGAUCAAUCUAGAGGUUCUACAGGUCUAGACCUGGGACUUUUCACUGGUUUGUUCAUAAUCUCAGGUAGUAUUUCUGCAUUUGUGUUCUUCACCGCACUGGCUCGUGUAGUCAUUAAUCAUUGGGAGUCGAUUCAGACAAGCUUAAAACUCAUUACAAGAAGAAUAGGAAAUUGGUGGACAAUGUUACUCCACAUUAUAAUUAUAGAUCGCAAGUUAAGUGUAGGGUUGACUCCGAAUCAAGCAGUUCCAUAGUACAUCCUAAGGAAACACAGUCAUGUUUUUUUGUACAUAGUUGCAUAAUGAUUAUUUUAAAAACAUACCCAUGUUCUCUUGUUUGGAAGUAAUACUACAAGAAAUUAUAACA